ACGAGCGAGCAAGUGUUGAGCAGUUGCGAGAGCAUAGAGAGAAUCGCGCGCGCGCUCGUCAAAGCCUCUGCUCGCGGACUGAGUUUUUGCUCGCGGAGCAGAAAUGCGCCCGCGCGAGGAUUCUUUUCCGCUUGCGGAUACUGUUCUGCUCGCUCGCGGAGUUUAAAUGCGCCCUCGCGGAGCAGCUUUCCGCGCGUGGUUAUCAUUAUGCGCGUUUGCAUAGCGCGUGCGCGCGCGGAUUCCAUGCGCGUGAGUUUUGGGUCCAUUUAAAUUCCAUAAGCUUCACGUAACGUAUGAUUAGCAAAUAAUUUCUGCGCGAUAAUGAAGCAUGCCUGUCCGGUGUACUGACUAUCGGCCCGUUGCCUACAAGCCGUAAAGACUUGACGAUGUUUGUGUAAAGUCACAGUGUGGUGAAGUAUACGGGAUGAAAGAGUGUACUGUCUACAAGAGUAAGGUGUGCUGGAUAUUAUAUUUGGUGGUCAUCUGGUGUCUUGAUUCAGCUGUGUCCAUAGGAGUGGACUUUAUGGAGACAGAUUUUUCUUGCUUGUACCUGGGCAAACAUCAAAGAGAAAAUUGAUCAGGAGACAUGAAGAAUUGCAGUCUGUGGAUGUUCCUGCCCCUGAUGUUCUCUCUCUUUACAGCUGCCGGCCUUUGGGUUGUGUAUUUUAUUGCUGUAGAGGAUGAGAAAAUAACCCCCCUAAGUUCAGAGUACAAAAGGGCGGAAUCAAAGCCUCCUCCAUAUAUCAGCAUUGCAGGCAAUGCCCCCCCUGCAAGCUGCGUUUUUAGUCAAGUCAUGAACAUGGCGGCCUUUGUAGGAUUUAUUCUUGGAGUGCUGAGAUAUCUGCAGCUGAAAGCUAGGGUGCAUAAACCCUGGCUCAACACUGGCAGUUUGGUGGCUUUGUCCCUUGCCUGCUUUGGCAUGACUCUAGUUGGCAAUUUUCAGCUGGCAAAUGAUGAGAAGCUGCAUAAUAUUGGCACAUCCAUGACCUUUGGUCUAGGCACACUAUUCUGCUGGGUCCAGUCCUUCAUGACCCUGAAGGUCAACUUGCGAAAUGAAGGCAAACGAGCUGGAAUUCCUCGCUUCCUGUUGUCUGUAGCUGUCACUUCUUGCAUGCUGCUUUAUUUUGCUCUAAUGGCACAGCGGCUACACAUGCAUGCUGCCCGGGCACAAUGGGCCUUGGUUAUGUUUUUCCUGACAUACCUGAGCACAUUUGCCAUUGAGUUCCGUCACUGCCAUUUUGAGAUGGUGUGUAGUGACAACCAGGAACUUCCACUUAGCCUGUCUGAAAGUUUCUCUGAGGUCUCGGAAUACCAAUCUGACCAACUAUAGUCUUUCUUUGAUAAUAUCUGUUGAGUCCCGUACUUCCUGUUUGCAAGUUUAUCAGUCAUGCAUAUAUAUUGAAUGUAACUUCUCUAGAUAGAUCCUUGGAUGACUGUCUUUUCUGAAUGUGUAGAUAGACUUUUUGAAAGCAACAAAGUCAUGAAAUGCACAAUGUUACUGUUAUGCGUUCCAUAUUUAUAUGUGAAUCAAAUACCAAGGACGCUUAUAAAAUGAGAAAAUAUAAAAACAGGUUCAGCCUUUUUUGCACAAUAGUUGAUUUUUUAUGAUUUUAAUUGUUUUCUUUGAUUUAAAAGCAUAUAUGAUAGUUUAAAGACAGUAAAAAAAAACAUUUUAUAGUAAAGGAUUUAAUCACCAAAAAACUGUUCUUUGAUUAUUUAAAGUGCUUUGAUACAAAAAAUAAAGGAUGAAAUUAAGAUUUUUUGAGAAUCUUCAGGUUGCUAUGCUCCACAUGACAGUUUAUAGAACAAACUUCAAUGUGGGAAAAAUAACCAGAAGUAACAUAAAAGUCCUCUUGCAAGUAAACCAGAGUUAGUAGGCAACACCCUGAAGACAUUGUUAAUGGAUCACAGAUUUCACAAGUUUUUGACUGUGAACCAACAUUUUAAACCAGCAAUUUUACAGAAGUCAUAGACCUGCGUAAACUUAUAAAGUGCAAGGCUAUAAAGCAGACCAAAUUAAUGUGUGCAUGAAACAGCAUUUAUUUCAUUUUAUUUAAUUCAAGUGUGAAAAUGUCUAUGUCUAUCUACAGUAUGUACUAUUUUUAUACUGAAAUAUCUUUCUUUGUCACAAAGUGUAGUUUUGUUGAGAUGUUUGUUACUGUUAUUUUACCAUGUGUACCAUGCUUUUUUUACCAGUGUAGUUUACCAAAUUGUGUUGCGUGUUUGAUUACACUGCAAAUUGUGUCUGUAUUGUACUACCACUUUUUGUUCCUUUGCUAUACGUUCCCUAAGAAUGUAAACCCAAUUUGUUUUUGUAAACUGACUUUGGAUCGUAUGGCAUUGUAUCAACUUUAUUUUCAACAGUUGCUGAUGUAGUCACAUUAAUAGAAUCUUUUAAUUGUACAGACUACUGCAGUUUACAUACAUUUGAAGAAUUUACUUUUCAGUACACUAAUAACUGAUAUGUCUGAAAUAAAUACAUUUUCUUUUUG